AUGUCGGAUCAAAGCGCAAAACGGCAACGUUUGGACUCGAUAGGAAGAUUCUCACCCGCCAGCCCGCCCUUUGACGUCGCUGCCAAGGCGAGCGGCCAGACGACGAAGACGCCCAUUCACCCUCGAACGCCCACAUCACCACCUUAUUCCUCGAUGAAUUCGCAAUCCCAUGGAGGUUUCGCCCCGACUAACUCGACGGCGUCGUCGGACCGCUCCCCGCAAUCCUCGCUGCCAACCUCUCACUCUCUCUCACAGUCGGCAACAUCGGCAUCGAACCAGCAUCCCUUCCCGACCCCCGCGAGCACUGCAGGCUUCAUGUCUAGUGCCAACAUCGACAGCGAUGGCGAUGCGACGAUGGAGGAGAGCGUAGACGAUGACACUACACGGUUAGCUGAUCACAGGCUGUCCAACCACAACCGGCAAGGGGAAUCGCCAUACACCGAAGACGGUCGACUACGAGCUGCCCAAGGUAUUAGCGGCAACCAAUUGUUCAAACUCAACAAUGAAAGGAUAGAGAUAUCACGGCCGCACCCUUCGGAAAAUUUCAUCACACUUUAUAGGCUCACGCCGCUCGCCAGCUCAGUAGCGCGCAAUGAUCCGGUAACAGGCGAGAAGAUUAACAAGCUUCGCAAAUCCUACGAGGGUCAUAUAAAGCAGAUGCAGAUUGCCGGCAAGCCAAAGGCGACCAAGAUGGACGGUGUCUUCCGUAAUCUGUUGCUGAUGCCCGAAGAGAUUUGGCAAUCGCAACACGUGCAAAAUAGAGAGCCUGAGAAGAAGGCAUUGACACCAGAUGGUACAGCAUUGGGCUCGGACUUCAGCAGACUUCUCGACGACGCAUUCGCAGGCACCGCUCCUGGGUCUCUUCCCAACGCAGAAGCUGCCAAAUACAAGGCGUAUCUCGGUACAGACGAUACAGCAAAGCCGAAACCACAAGAUGUACCACCACAGCGGGCAACACCCUUCACUUCGUCCGCACCAACACCAACCAACCACAUGAACAGAGGCGCAGUGAGACCAGAGCGAUCCAGCUCAAAGCGUGGCUACACCGACGCUGCAUUCCAAGGCUACGGCGAAGGCUUUGGGGACGACUACGCAGACUCAACCGGAGGCGAAGACACACCAGGAGGGAACAUGGCGAACAAGAGACGAAAGCUCCAAUUUGAACGAACAUCACAUUCAGUCGAAGUAGGCGGCGCACGACGAUAG